AUCUCUGAGACACAGUUUACGAUAUAUUCUCUAGGAGAAAGAAUGAUUAUUGACGACGCUCUCAAGAUAGUUGGUGGAUAUCGAAUUUAUCAUAUCUCAUUAUUAAUUAUACUGACUCUUUUGGCCUUUGAUUUUUAUUCAAGACAAAUUUUACUAUUUGUCUUCGUAGGUUGGACGCCAGAAUUUAAAUGUAAUUACAAUACUAGCCAAUAUAACAGUUCAGAAGAUUUGGAUAGCUGUUUAAGACCUUCGAUAAACAACACUGGAAAUGGUGUUGAAUGUGACAAUGGAUUUCAAUAUUUUUCGGAAGGAUAUACUUCUACUACAAUCGAGUGGAAUUUAGUUUGUUCAAGAAAGAUGCUCAAAGUAAUUAGUCAAAUGGCCUAUUCACUUGGUAUACUUUUUUCGUCUUUAGUUGGAAACACUUUGACUGACAAAUUUGGAAGACGGUUUAUGUGUUGGAUAAGUCAUGUAUUUGGAGUUUCUUUAGGAAUUGCUAUAAGCUUUUCUCCUAAUUACGAAACUUUCGUCGUCUUAAGAUUCUUUAUAGCAGUGGCUGCUUCCAAUAUCAUAAACUCCUCCACCACGUUAUUAAUAGAACUAUUCGAUUCCGAAAGAAGAGGGCUAGUUGGUACAAUAUAUCAGUUUGGUUGGAUAAUAGGGAUGGGCUUUCUUGGUAUCACGGCUUACUUAAUAAAGGAUUGGAGAGAGUUAGCAUUAGUAACAUCAAUUAGCCCAGUCAUCUGGAUUAUAGUUUUAUGGAAACUACCUGAAUCUCCAAUAUGGCUAGUAGCUAAUAAUAGAAUUAAAGAGGCUCAAGAGUUUUUAAAGAAAGCGGCAAAGCUAAAUAGAGUUAAAAUUUUGGAUGAAAACGUCUUUAAAAUUGAAAGUAAAAGAAUCUCUAAAAUACCCGAUUCGUCUUCAAUCAAAUUAGAAUUUGAAAAUUUUAAAAUAGAACUUGAAAAUAAUGGAAUUGAAAAUUCAGCAACUACAAAAUAUUCCAUGAUAGAUCUCUUCAGAGAUAAAUAUUUACUCCGACACUUGGCCAUUAUGGCACUGCUAUGGUUUACGAACAAUACUGUAUACUAUAGUCUAAUGUACAGUACACCCAGUUUGGAUGGGAAUAGAUUUGUUAACUAUACUUUCAGCACCUUUGUUGAAAUUCCAGCAUAUUCUGUUGCUACUCUUGCUGUCGUAAAAAUAGGGCGACGUAUUCCAACCUUUAUUAUUGUCAUGUUGACAUCUGUUAGCCUAUUAUUCGUAUCCAUCUUACCCUUAAUUUUGUCUGAAGAUCCAUAUUUAAGAAACAAGCUCGUUUUAUUGUUCUCUCUUUUGGGAAAGUUUGGCAGCAGUGCAUCGUUUUCAACGGUAGUGAUCUAUACCAAUGAACUCUUUCCAACUAACCUAAGGUUAUUAUCAACUUUAUUGAUAAAAUGUAAAUGUUUCACUAGCUAUCUUUUCUGCUAAAAUAAUUUCUAGGUCAACUGCACAAGGUGUUGCAAACACAGUCGGUCAAAUAGGAGGAAUGAUUGCUCCCAUAUGUGCUGAAUUUAUUGCCGAUAAAGAAUUAAAUCUUAUUCCUCUACUCUUCUUCACGGUUUUAGCUUUUGUGGCUGCAAUUUUUACAUUAUUAUUACCGGAAACAAGGAACAAACCUCUACCUCAAACAACAAAGGAUAUUCGAUUCUGGUAUAAAAAGUAAAAUUUUUAUUAGUGUUAUACUGAAUUUCACGCACCAAAUUGACCUAAUUUAAGCAAGAUAUUUACUAUAUAUAGAAUAGAGUUUAGUUGUUUUUUCAUAUUUUUUACACUACUAUUAAUAUUUGUUGAAUUUUUAAAAUAUUUAGUUUUUGUGCGCCAUCUGGCGUAUUUCUCUUAAAGGCUUUAAGAUUAAAAGUUCUAAUAAACACGUCACUAAAUACUAAAUAAAUAGUAAUUCACAAUAAGUUAAAAAUGACAAACAAUAUAAAUUCAAACAAAAGCAACAAGUAUCUAAUUCU